AUGGCGGAGCAGCCACGGCCCUGCCCCGAAGAGACGGCCCCCGACGGGGCUCCGGAGAUGCCGAACGUGAGUGCCUUCGCCGAAAAGGUCCCGCCGGUACCGCGGAGCUGUACCCCGCUAGUCUGUGCCUUUCCAGGGCGGAGUCCCGCCGAGGGAAGGGGCUGGAAGAAGGACAGUGUGUGGCGGGGAAGGCGCAGCUCCCUCACUGCGAGUCCCCUCUCUCCCAGAAAUGGGCGCGGCUUCUUCCCAUCCCCAUCAGAACGGGGACAGUUGGACAAGAUCCCGUCCGCUGGAAGGUUGCGUCCUGCGGGAAACACGGUUGCGAGUUGUCUCAAAGAGGUGGUACCCAGGCCUGUUACUCCGACUGUUGUACGAAAGUUUCGAAAUACAACAGAUCCAGCUCCUGGUGUUAAAGUAAUAUUCUAUGGUGCAGCAGAUGAUCCUGAUGUUGCAACUCACUUGACACAUGGCAUAAAGUCAAGCUCCAAACUCACUGUAGCUUCAUUGAUAAGUCCAGUUGCUAAGAGUGAAUUUCAAGAAAAGAUGCAAGACAUGAAAGAAGCAAUUUACUCCAGUAAACGUGAAGCACCUUUGGGUAGAUCACAUGAUCAAUCUUCUAAGUUACCUGAGGGCUUGGAUAUAAUCAAUACUACAUUUGGAAUAAAAGUCUUCAAAGAUUUAACAGCUGGAGAGCUUGUAAAUCCACCAAAAACUUUUGAGGAAGUGGAUAAAGAAGCGAGAGAAGGACAUAAUUUGUACAUUCUGUCACAUGAGGAUUAUUAUGCGGGGGAACCAAUCAAUAGGAAGUAUAACUCACACUUCGACAAGUCUUUAGUUUAUGGAAUGGAAACCCCUCACUAUGAAGAUGGGCGAAAUACAGCCAAGACCUUAAACUGGGUCUUGGACCUGGAAUCGAAGAGAGCACCACACCUUGUGUCAAAAAGAAGUGAUGAUUUCAAGGAAAAAUUCCAGCCUCUGGUUGGAAAAACUUUUGAUCCUAUAGCAGAAACUAUGAAUGUUCCCCCGGACCAUACAUUUGGAUUGAUGAUCCCUCCAGAUGAAUAUGAUGUUCAUGAUCUUCUUCAUGUCCGGGUUCCACGUGAGUUCCUACGUGGGAAGGGCAGAGAAAGAGUUAUCUUGAUUGCAGUUCGGCAAAGUCUGAAAAAAGCUAACUAUGAGAAUUUUGAUGUGUUACUAGAAGCAUUAAGACAUUUUGAUAAGAAUGGUGCUGGAAUCAUACACAAGGACAACCUACGAAGGAUCUUUUUUCAGCUGAAUGUGAAUCUAGAUGAUGAGCUCCUGGAUUCCUUAUUUGACUGCUGUGAUUUGGAUAAGGAUGGUCUGAUUAAUUACCAGGACUUUGCGAACUUUCUGAACUGGAAAGAUAAAAUGGGUGUUAAAGAGUUUGAAGAAAAAAUAAUUACAAAAGGGAAAAAAUUAGAUGCCUGUCUUCACAAAGACACAAAGAAAGAGGAUGAACCACUACCAGAACAGGAAGAUCUCAAGUUAAAAGAAUCAGGAAGCUCAGAAAAAAUGCCAAAACCACUUAGAAGAUCAACAGACCGUGUAUAUACAAAUUAUCAAACAACAUCUUCUCAGUAUAAUGCUGUUGUAGGUGGUAUCCCAACAUCCUGUUAUCCAUUGUGUGGUGUUCCAACUGUUCGUUCAGAUAUUCCUGCUCCUCGAAUUCGCCGCCUCAGUGACACAACUAAUUAUGGUGACCAGGGCAAUGGUUUUACAAUAUUGUUCCCUUCUGUCUUCAGUCAAAAGGGAGUGUAUGAAAAGGAUCUUUUAAAAAAGAGACCAAAAGCAGAGGUGCAAGUGGUGGAAAUGCUGCUUGAUGAAGGCAACUUCUUUCCUGCUGUGAAUGAAUGUUCUGCACUUGUUGCUGCCUUGCCUCCCCAUCCUUCUGGAACUCUCUGCAUGCACUCAGAAAUGUGCAGGAAGCUGACUGACUGUCCCAAGUGGAAUCAUGACAGAAAGAUAAAUGGCCUAGAUAUAGAUGAAAAUGGCAAAACUAAGACUUCAUCUGAAAGAAAAGAGAACCUGAGUACUACUGACAGGUUUUAG